GUCUCUGCAGGGUGCUCAUUACUAGAUGCCUUUUCUUAGAACUUCAGGUCUUAAGUGAUUCCCCAAAAUGUUUGCAAAAGCAACAAAGAAUUUUGUGAGAGAAACUGACAGCGGAGGUGACUUGAUCGCUGUGUCCCACUUGAAUGCUUCAGACAAGCUGCAGCUUCUGAGCUUAGUUACAAAAAGGAAGAAAUUCUGGUGCUGGCAGAAGCCCAAGUAUCAUUUCUUGACAGUCACCCUGAAUGAUGUGCUUACUGAAGACAAACCGAUAAAACCAGUAAUUGUGGAGUCUGACUUUGCAAAAUAUACUGGGAAGUUUGAAGAUUUUGUUCAAGGAAGUAUUGAAGCAUCAUUUGGAAAGGUCAGCUUGGGAGCUGGAGGGAAGGGCUAUGUGGAAAACCAGUCCUCAUUUGGAAACCUGAGGAAGCAGGAGAUUGACUUGCAGCAGCUUAUGAAAGACGUCAAGGAUAGAACAAUAAAUCUAAACAGUAGUUUACUGCAGAAAGUAAUAGAAAGAAAACGUGAAGUGCUGUGCAUCUUGAGAGAAAAGAUAAUAACAACUCAGAAGUGUAUGAUAUGUGAACAUACCCAGACAGAAGAAAAAAUCCGCGGAGUGAUGGGAUGCAGUACAAAAAUAGUAAAGGUUUCGGUGAGUGAAAAUGGAAGUAUGAUGAAGGAUUCUAGUGUGAUCCUUGAAAUUCCUCCUGCGACCACUAUUGCCUAUGGUGUAAUUGAACUGUUUAUAAAGCACAGUGGCCAGUUUGAGUUCUGUCUGCUAGAUGAACAGCAAGGAGGUUUUGAAAAGGAAAGCACAGAAGGCUCAGCUUCUCCCCACUCAGCACUAUUCAGAGAUGCUUCAUUUCUGUAUCAGCCAGAUGCUGUUGAUCAUGAGAUGUUCUCUGGGUCUAAAAACCUCAUUCCCAGUGAUGCUUCUUUAAGUGUAUUGAAACAAGAUCUGAGACAGCUGAAGACUCAGUUCCAGCCCUUUGUGAAGCUGACAGAAGACAGGCAAAGAACUUUAUAUAAAACCAUUUGUGAACUCUUGCUCCAUGAAGAAAUGCUAACUACCCUGGAGGACGUGUUAGAUGAUAUCCGCACAGGAGACAAGCCAGAUCUGAAGGAGUUAAAACCUGAUGAACUUGCAGUCCUUGCUGACAUCUUGAAGCUCUUAGGCUGCAGUUUACAGGAUGAGCUGUUACAGAAGUACCAGCCUCAGGAUGAAGAACUCUUCUCAGCUGCUCACCUCCUCAUCAGUGCCAUCUCGGAGCUGUCUGAUUACACUCUUGUCCUGCUGCGAGACUGCUGUGAUCUUCACCUUGUUCCUGCAUUGUGUUGCUUGCCUAACAUCACUUCAGCCAAUGGCACUUUGACACUGAGCAGUCCUUUGGUGGCUCCUCUCACUGACAGAGGAAGAUUUGAUGUCGUGCAAAGGCUGUUUGCAUCAUCAAACAUUAAGUUGGAAAUGACAGAGUCUUCUGUAAAAGCUGUAACUAUGAAAGAACCGAGAUUUUACCCACUUGUUCUUUAUGUUGCACUGCAUGGAUUUUAUGCUUUAGGUGGGAAUGUAUAG